UUUUCUUAAAACAUGCAGCUUAGGUGCUUAGACCAUUAUACCUUCUAAAGCACGAGACAAGUCUAUUCAUUCAAGGAGGUUUACACUAUUUAUGGAAUAUAAGGUUGAGCCUGGCUGGGCAAUGUUGCUGUAAUGAUUAGGGAAAGUGGUAUGUUUCAGCUCUAGUGGUUCCCAAAGCUUUCGGAUGGGCAAAGACGCUUCGGGAGUCUGGAAUUGAUGGGGUUCCUUUAUUGUUUCUGUGGCCAAAAGCCGCAGAAUGACGACUGUGUUGAUAGCGCAUGCACACGCCAUCCAUCGGAGACGUCAGGGAGGUCUUCAAAGAGCAGGCCGACGCCUGGGGGUCAUCCGCCUGAGGCAGCUGCCAUAACACCGCAAGCAACCGGAGAAGAUGAAGUUCAGACAUCACGUCAAUCCGGUAGACUGGCCAGGCAUCUGCUGGAGCGACAGCCCAGUCGGUCGGCGCGCACUAAGUUGGUACAAAGUUCAUCAUUUGGAGGAACUGUUGGCCAGCGCUGGGUGAACAACCCAGAUGGGUCGUACCAAGAUGCUUCUGGUUCUUUGCAUCAUGCAAGUGCCACGUCGACGGGGCUGCUGUUCCAGGAGGUCAAGCCUCUGCACGAUCCGGUCGCCGCGCCGAAUCCAUCACGGCUGGGGACUUCAUCAUCGGCGUUGGGCGCCUUCGCGACCCCUGCCGCGGCAGGUUCAGGCGGCCCCGGCAGCAGCGCGUUUGUCAGCGCAGGCAGCAGCAGCAUGACGUUCGCACGCAGCGUCAGCCGCCUUAACGCCCUCAACGGCUCGGGUGUGGGCAGCCGCCGCUGCUCCCUCAUGGACGUGGACUUCACCAGAGCCUCCUUGCAUGCAGCCCUGGGCUCCUCCUUCCUCCUGCGCGGCGGCUUUGCAGGCAGCAGCCACAGCACCGGCCCCUGGGUAGAGCCCUGGCUGCUGCACAGCAUCCUCCGCCCCACGCAUGCCCAGCUGCCGACCGCAUCCCAAUCAAUUGCAACCAGCAGUGCAGUGACGGGGGUGGCGGGUUACAUGGGCGCGAAUUUCGCUGCGUCAGCACCCGCAGGGUCGGGUUCAAUUGCUGCAGCCGUGGCUGCGGCCACCGGGGCAGGGACUACAGGGAGGCCGUCCUUGGACCAAGAUGCCCCGCGCUUGUCGUACGGACAGGUUCACGCUCCCGCGGCCCCUCUGUCGUACCCAGUGCAGCUCUUUAACAGAACAGUAUGCGAGCGGGCUGCGGGGCUGGCCACACCGCUAGUUGUCUUGGUGCUGCGGACGGCAGGGACUAGCGGAACCGGUACUGGCAGAAGGUUUGCAGUUGAGGAAAGGAAAAUGGAGGAGGUUUCGGGGCUGGCAGCGGCGGCGGUUGAUGGGUCGGCUGCGAAUGGUCUUUCUACGGAAGGAGCUGGGGCCGGCUGCAGCAGCGGUGCUCAUAUCAGCGGCAACCAUGCAAAGUCCUUCGGGGGCUGUGGCGAGGAGGGCGAUGCUGGCGAAAGGCUGUUCGCCGCUGGCCAUGCUGUAGCAACGAUGCAUCUGGACCUCCCUGUGCCAUCUCAGCGCGCGAGGACGGGCCUGGCGACACCCAGGGCACAGGGCGCGGUUCCCAUUCCCACAACGCAGCAUGCAGCUCAGCACACCGACGCGGAAAGCGAGGCGAAGCGCGCGCAUGCAGCUCUCGCAGCGGCGUUACAGGCUGCGGCAGGCGGGGAGGUUACCCUGUUCCAUGCCUGGCACAACACCGCCGCAAGCGCGCUUAUGACGACACUCUCAUCGCACUCUUCUUCCGGGCCCAGCGGCAGUGGCGUAGCGGGUGACAGGCUAACCGGGGGCGAUGCCUCUGCCAUGUCAGGGGUGCUUCUAAGCCCACCUCAGAACCCAGCAGUUGAUGCCGCUGCAGGCGAAAGCGACACCAGCAACGUACUUUGGGCGGUCCGGGAACUCCUAGAUGCGGAUCCCUGCUUGGCCAUGUUGGUUCGGGACUUGUUACGGCAGGCCGCCGUACGUCCGGACCAUGUACCGCCGCUGACGCAUGCUCUCGUGCCGUCACUGUACGGCACGCUGCUUGGCGGCCGCGAACCCUACGCUACCGCCGCUGCUGCGGCUGCUGCGGCUGCUAGCAGCCGACCUACGGCCAUAUUGGGAGCUGCAGCGCUACAUUCCGCCGUACAUGUCGGCCACUUGCGAAUACACGCAUGCGCUUACCAUGUGACGGCGGCGGGGGUUCCCCUCGUCGUCACGGACCCCUCGGCGGAUGCUGCAUGCAGCUCCUGGCAGCCCGCAAUCAUCCUGGAGUGGCCGCAAGCCCUUCCCCAGCACUUGUCAGCCGCGGGGCUGCCUACCCUUGGCCCCACCCCCUCAUUCACUCUCGGCGGCGGUGGAGCCACAGCACUGGCAGAGCGAGGCCACCCACCGCCGCCUCGGUCCACCAUCAGCAACCCGCAGCUGCGCUGGACCUACCUUGAUGCCGAGGGGAGCUCCUCCGCCAUGUCUGGAGCGGAUGGAACCCCGCACGCGGCGGGCAUGACCCAUGCGGUGCCCCCAGUCCGCUCUUGCAGCGGGAACACCGUCUCGGCAUUGUCUGGGGGCGGCGACGGAGGGGCGCAUGCUGCGCACUCGCCGUUGCGACAUGCCGGGACGCCGCCGCUGUCAUUCGGGUUGGCGGGCACGCCUGCAACACAGGGACAUGGGCUGACGCCGCAGCAUGCCGAAGGUGGGGCUGCUGGAUCGCCGGCAGGGGCCUCUGGUGGGGGCGCUGGUAGUCCCCGUGAAGCGGGGACGGCGGCGCUGGGCGGGGGCGCGAACGGACCCAUGGGUCCGGAGCUUGAGCCGCUUGCCGGGGCAGAGCUGUUGUACGUGAUACAAACCUGGCAGCGGCAUCACCUGCUGCUGGCUUCCGUGCCGUACACCAUAACACUGUUCGAUUGCGGGGGGCGUGUGCUGCAGCAAAACCAGGGCUCAGUCGAUUUCAUGGGCGACAUCACAGCGGAAGCAGCCGAUGCACAAACCGCCGGCGCCGGCGCCGGCGGCGCAGGCACCACCGAGGCGCGCGAAUCCGUCGCCUCCAUGGCCAAGGCGGAAGCGGAGGCAGCCGGCAAGGUCGGCGGCGUCGCAGGUACCGCCGCCGGCAGCUGCGGCGCAACACCGACGGGCAGCCGUACCAGCUUCGGCAGCGCCAGCAACCACAUGUUGAGCGUAGCCGAGGUGGAUGUGUUGUCGGUGUUGUUCUGCAUGUGUCCGGAUUUGCUGGAUGAGAUGCUGGAGGAGAUCAUUUGCGGCAACAUGUGGAGGGGCAUCGUGCAGGUGCCGCGGCUCAUGCGUCCCGUCAUUCGAGCGGCUCAGCGCUGGGGUGCAACCCGUAGCGGCGGUGCUGGUGGUACUGGUAGUGGUGGUGGUGUUACGGCUGGAGCAGCUGGCGGCAAGGGCAGCAGCAGCGGCGGUGCCGCUGCAGCAGCAGCCUCUGCUACCAGGGCCGCCAGCAGGAUGGAUGCUACAGCAGCCACCGUCCCCAGCCCGCCCGCAUCCGCCACCAACGCCCCCGCCUCAUCCCGUGCCUCGCCCUCACCGCCGCCUUCCUCAGUCGCCGCCGGGGUUGCAGUUGGCACCGCAAGCAGUGGUGCAGGAGGCUCCAAGGGCCGCCUGGGCGUAACCCACCCGCACCUGACACGGGCCGCAACCACGCCCCUGAGCGACGACAGCUACCCGCAAGCAAGCUGUGCCGACGCCGGAGCAGCUACCCAUCCGCAUUCCCCGUCAGCUUCAGCCGCCGCCAUCACCGCUGCGCUCCAGCGCCGUGUCAUGCCCGGCCAGCUGGGAGGGUGCGAGCGGCCGGGUUACCCGGUAGCAACGCCCCAAGCAGCGUCAGCCGCCCAUGCUGCCGCCCAGCUCCCGCCACAACCCCGACAGGUGAGCUCCACAUCUCGCCGCCCGCCCAGUCGGUCGUACUCCCUCCGGGGCGCCAUGCAGUCCAGCAGCAGGAGCUUCACGCUGCAGCUGUCCUCAGCUCGCGUCUGGCCGCAUCGCUUGGCGGGGACGGACGGACCGGCUGCUGCUGCUGCGGCGGCGGCGGCGGCGGCGGCGUCUACCGCGCACGGCUCCGCUGGGGGCGGCAGGACCCUUGCACAGCGGUUGCGUCGUGCCAGCUACCUGACAGAUGCUGCGGAGGAGGAGGCCGGCCUCCCAGGGGGCGUCAUGGGGCUCACAGCGCAUCACUACAGCUUUACUGCUGCUGCUUCCGGGAGAGGCUCCCAUGCUGCCAGUAGCUCGCAUGCUGCGUUGCUGCUGCGGCAGCGUCAGCUGCUGCAGCAGCAGUUGCUGGCAGAGGGCGCAAAUCCCACUGAGGCCUUCACACAGCCGGCCAACAACAGCGAUGCGGGAGCUGAUGGCCCUGACGCCGGAGCACUAACCCAGGCGCAGGACGGUACGGAUGUACGACAGGUCGGCCUGACAGGUGGCGUGGGGCCUGGCGCCGCACCUCCCGCGCCCGGUAAGCCCGCGGUGCAGCAUGCUUUUGCGGAGCGAUUCCGCACCGGUCGCAUGGGAAGCUUCGGUGGCGGGGGCGCAGGAGGUGGGUACCCGGGGGCGCCUCGACACGCGCCGCGGCGGAACCGAAGCUCCCUGGCAUGCGUCUCAGGCCCGGAUCCGAUGGAGGAGUCAGACUGGGCGCCCAGCGGUGCCGAGCGGGCUGGGCUGGAAACACAGACGGCGACGGAAGGGGAAACCAGAGCCUUCGAGGCAGCAGCAGGACAGGGCGGACAUCAGGAGCAAGGGCUGCCGAUGAAAGAUGCGGCGAUGGCAUCACGGUCGUCGCCCGCAAAGAGCCUCACGGCGCUGCCUCAACACGCGGACGAUGUGACUCCCUGCUCGCCCUUCGUCGCCAACGGCGCAUGUGACGGGAUCGACAUCCGGGGCCUGCACAGCACCACCGCCGAAAACGCUGACACGGCAGCGACAUGCAACCCGCCGCGCCACAGCAGCACAGCCGGCGGCGACGGCAGCAGUGAACAGGACUUCCGCUACCCCCACAGCGUCCCGCUGAUCCGCCCCACCGUCGUCACCGCCGAAAGCGCCCCUCUGGAUGACCCCUCCUUCCAUAGCCACGCCUCGGCUUGCUACAGCGCCAGCGGCUUUGUCGCUGACCAUGCCGACUGCCGCCGGCAGCAGCACCCCCACCAGCAACACCAGCACCAUAGCGCAGGGGCCCAUGCACGCGGUGGCGUGCGGCGCCAAAAUCACGCCCUCAAACGGCCGCUCAGCCGCAGCUCCACUCGCUCCUACCUCAUGACCGCGCUGCCAACCUCCACGCUAAACGUACUGGGACGUGUGAAUUCCCAGCGCACGUUUGACUCCGAGGAGUCACAAGGAGAGGAUCUGGAUGGCGGCGGGGAGCGGCGGCUGACAGCCGUGGGGCUGCGUGGGGGGCGUGAGGGAGGCAGACACAGCGCGGCUUCUGCGGAGGGGGUUCAGCGCUCUAGUUCGCUGAACGUGGCGGCUGCGGAGCCGCGACUGACGGUGCCUCGGAUCUUUAGCUUCAUGAGGUCAGCCUCGCGACGAAUGAUGAUGCAGCUGCAGAAGGGAGAGGGUGCUGCGACAGCGCCCAGUGCAGGCAUGGGGGAUUCAGUCGUCGGUCGUCGUCAUGCAAGUGCGGACAACUUUGCCACGGAUGCUCGACGUUGCGGCGUCUCAGUCGCCGCGAUGAAACAUGGAGACAGACCAACAACGUCCCCGGGCCUAACGGAGUCGUCUCAUGCAUGCGAGGAGGGCGCGGCCGUUCGGCUGGAUGCCGGCAUUUGCUCGGGACUAGCCGCAAUGGACGUCGCCGCUGUGGCUGCUGAUGACGCAAUAACCGCCGCCGGCGCCGCCACUCGUGUCGGUUCGACUUCGGACGGAUCCGCGAUGGCGAGCACCAUUGCACGCAGCCCGCCGCCGCAGCCUGCGUCCGGCUGCUGCUUGGACGCCGCUGCUGUGGAUGACUCAUCAGCAGCCGCGGCAACGCCCGAGACGACGUACCUGUCUGCAACACUGCCGCAGAUCAACCGCUUGCGUGGGGGCGGCGACGGCGAGGGGCGCCACGUGUCGCCGAGGAACAUGUCGCCUGUGGAUAUGGCACGCAGGGUGGGGUUAGCAUGGCAUGAGGUGGCAGCGACGAGCUUCACGGACCCCGUCACGGGCACACGAGUGGUUGCCUUGGUGCAGAACGACGUGAGUGAGAAGGUGGAGACGGAGAUGCAGCUCACGGAGCUGAUGGAGGUGGAGCACCGAUUGCUGGAGCAGAUCUUUCCCCGCCACGUCCUGGAGUACAUCGCCAUGCAAAACAUCAGCGCCGGCCAGCCCGGCGGCGCCGCCGGCAGCAGCUCGGCGCCUGGCAGCCGCAAGCAGCGCCGCAAAUCGCAGUUCGAUCUGCUCAAGAGCCAGGAUUGCAGCCAGCUGGCGCACCACCACGAGCAGAUCACGGUGCUGUUCUGCGAUGUCAAGGGCUUCACGGCCAUGUGUUCCUCCGUGGAGCCGGCCGUGGUGAUGUCCUUCCUCAACAUGCUCUACACGCAGUUCGACUCGCUGCUGCACCUGCAUGACGUGUACAAGGUGGAGACCAUUGGUGACUGCUACAUGGUGGCGGGCGGGCUGGUGCGCCGCGGCCCGGACGGCGUGGCGGCGCUGCUGGAGCCCGGGGAGGUGGACUCGCAGCAUGCGCGCAAGGUGGUGCGGUUCGCAAAGGCGCUGCUGGAGGCGGUUCGCGAGAUGUGCAUGCCCAACGGACAGUCGCUGCAGGUGCGCGUGGGCAUCCACAGCGGCCCCGCCAUGAGCGGCGUGGUGGGCACCAAGAUGCCGCGCUUCUGCCUGUUCGGUGACACCAUCAACACCGCCAGCCGCUGCGAAUCCACCUGCCCGCCGCUGGCCAUCCAUGCCACCACGGCGGUCAGAGAUCUGGUUCCGGAGGAGCCCUGGGUGGCUACAGGAGGCGUCAUGGCCAAGGGCAAGGGCAUCAUGAGGACCUUCCUCCUAGGCGGCAACUGCGGCGCCGUCAACCCCGCCUCUCCUCCUCCUCCUCUUCCCGCUGCUGCUGGCGCUACUGCUGCUCCCGCCGCUGCUGCUACCACUCCCUCCUCGCCCAACCUGCCAUCUCCCAGGGACGUCACCGUAAGCGACCUCUGCCCCUCACCCGGACCCCCCGGGCACUCCGGACAUCAUGGAACUCCGGGAUCGUCGGGAAUCGCAUCUGUGGUGGCAAGCGGCAGAAUGGCGCUGAAGCGACUGGGAUCGGGCUUGCGUCGUAGUAACAAGUCGCUCGCAGCCGCCGCAGCAGCCAUCGGUGGCGGAGGCGGAGGCGGUGGCUCCGACGCCUCACAUGCUGCAGGCGUCGGUAAUCCGAAUGCCUCGGCUUCCUCGGCUGAGGUCGCACCAGCCGCUAGCAGCAGCCUAGUGGCUGCUACCACCAACAGCGCGGCAGGCACAACAGCAAGCACCGGCGUUGCUGGGGGUGCGGUUGUGACCCAUGGGUCACCGUCUGGAGCGGUACGCCAUGCGGCUGUUUCCGCUCCUGGCGUUGCCAUGGUUGCGGGGUCGUUGAUGUCGCCUGCAGGCGUGGUGGCUGCGGCGCCAGCAGCAGCAGUGGUGCGGGUUCCCUCUGCUCGCCUCCUCCCAACAGGAGGCGACGCAUUGGGCGUCGCUGCGACACCUGUUGUACUGCCGUACGUGCAGGGCGGGGAGCUACACCGCCAAGUGACCCAUGGGCCGGUGGAGGCAUUGCCCGUUGACGGCGCCGCUGCCACCACCGCCGCAGGGGCGGAAAACCACACAGCAGCAGUUGGGGUAUCGGAGGCUUUGCCAGUCAUCGUGCAUGCAACCCUAGCGAUGGCCGAGGCGUCGCCAGUGGCGGCGGGCAAUGACGGUGGAAAUCCGUACGGCGGUGCCUCAGCAGUUACGGACGCCGAGGGGCCCGUCAUGUUCUCCUCUAGUGCGAUGCUACCUGGCUCGGGACCGCUGUUUGAGGACGCGGCGCAGCGUAUUCCAUCGCAGGCGGCUUACCAAUAUGAGUUGGAAAGCGGGCCACAUGAUCUGGGCUGACAAGGCUAACAUUGUGACCUGGAGGCAGGGCUUUGUGCGGUCGGGGCGACAGGGGCCGAGGAUGGAAGGCCGAGGAAGUCCCAUGCUGGUCUGUUUGCGGCUGCGGCGUUGUGUUCGGGCGUUGAAACAUGCUUAUCUGUGUGAAGCCAACCACAACAAAAACGGCAACAGCUUGAAAAGGGAUGCUGUGUCUUCGUCGCUGUAUUUUGCCGGGUAGAUGCAUUGGGACCUUUGAGUAUCCUUCACCGGUUACCAGAUCUUCAAGCGCGCCUUCUAAGCAGGGGUUUGGGGGCAUGAGCAUGGGAGGCCCAGCUUGGGGCUUGGGGCGCGCGUGUGAAUGAAACAUGCAUGAAUUUUUAUGUGUACGGGCAGUAUGGUUGGCGGGAUGAAGCUCCACAAGAGCUAAUACCAAGGGGGAGAGGGUGGGUAUCCACGAGUUGCAGUGCUGCUGGGGGCUCGAUACUUUGAUGCUGCGCUAGAUUGGUGUGGCAGUGUGCUUGCGUUAUAGCAGGAUUGGCGGCUGGGCUUCCUUAUCUCUCAGGAUGUUCGCAAUCACUUGUUGGGAAGUAUGGCUUUUUGUCGUUCUGCACUUACUUAUGGGACCGGAUUGCCGAACUUUGCAACGCACGUGCUCUUUUCGGACGGAACUGGCUUUGCAUUUUGCGCCUUGUUUUGCGGUGCGCUGUGCACGAUACCCUUGAGAAAGGGUGGAACCGUAAUCGGCUACGUUGCUCGGUGGGUAUUGCUGACACGCAUGUACGGCACACCACCUAGUUGUCAAGGAGUGGCGCUUUUCCAUUGCUUUUUCCAAUUCUUAACGGCAAACAACACGGGGUUUGGGAAAAUCCGGUUCAUGCUACUAUAAGCCGUCGGUUGGUCUGUGUGGUGGCGCCGAAACCGCGAAUGCUUUUUCGUUGCCGCUUACUAAAAUCGAAUGUGCUGGUUGGGAGGGGUGCUUGCGAUACCCGAGAGCGCUGAUGUGGGGCCUUUUGGAGUGUACAAGAGCGGCCGUAUCGAGCAGGUGUCACCUUUUGCUAGGAUGGCAAUCUACAAUGUGUGACGGCUACAGUGCUUUAAGAGGGAAGGCGGGCGAGUCUUUAUAUUCUAUCACCCUGACGAUUGGGCUGGAUACUCAUGACAAUACGAACCUUGGAGCUAUCUGGGUUCGUGCGCUCGCGCGAAGUCUUGCCUUGUUGCAUAUCCAGGAGUGAGGCGGAAGACCUGUCAUCACACCGCGAGCCGAAACCCACCGUUGAAAGCAUGUGUGGCGGUUGGGUUUUACGCUCCGUGCAUGUUGGCGCCUGCGGAGAGUUGGCGUGGCAUGUGGUUCCACAGCUCCUUAGCCUGCGGCGUUUUGACUAACGAAUUUGCAUGCAUGUGUUAAUGAGAGGUGGUGAUGAGAGGGGCGGGUUGAACGCUGGAAGGGCAGGUCGUCGUGCCAGUUGUUGCGACGUGUGCAGGAGUUUGGCCUUUCCAGUUGCAUAGAAGCCCUUUGUACGCCGGUGUGGAAGCGCCAUUGGCUGGAUUAGCACUGCUGAGAGAGCACGAGUGGAGGCCUGGUUACUUCACAACCAUAAUCACAGCUGGACUGUUCCCU